CCCGCAGCCCGAGGACUCACUAGCGGCAGAGACCGCGGGCCCGGGCGCGGGGGAGGCCGCCGAUCGAGUCGGCUCCCUCCGCCCCGCGAAGCCUGCACGCCCGCCGGUGAAUCAAAAAGGGCCCAGGAAGCCUAUGAAUGUUGGAGAAAAUUCAUCUGUGAAUUUUUGAUGUUUAAGGAGUUCGUAUUUGUAUUCAUCUUUUAAACUGGGAAGAUUUAUAUUUUAUUUUAAAACUUCUUGGUAUUUACAAUGAAUGGACACAGUGAUGAAGAAAGUGUUAGAAACAGUAGUGGAGAAUCAAGAAUCAGCCCUGGAUUGAAGAGAGCCCUGGAUCCUUUUAUUGGAGAAAAGGGUGUUAGAAACCAAGACUUGGGUGCUAGCCAGUCGGAUGAUGAUUCUGGGUCAGCUUCGGGCUCAGGAUCUGGUUCAAGUUCUGGAAGCAGUAGUGAUGGAAGCAGUAGCCAGUCAGGUAGCAGUGACUCUGAAUCCGGAUCUGAAUCGGGCAGUCAGUCAGAGUCUGAAUCAGACACUUCCCGAGAAAACAAAGUCCAAGCAAAACCACCGAAAGUUGAUGGAGCUGAGUUUUGGAAAUCUAGCCCUAGUAUACUGGCUGUGCAGAGAUCUGCAAUGCUCAAGAAGCAGCAGCAGCAGCAGCAGCAGCAGCAGGCUUCAUCUAAUAGUGGAACAGAGGAGGAUUCCUCCAGCAGUGAAGAUUCUGAUGACUCAUCGAAUGAGGUCAAAAGGAAAAAACAUAAAGAUGAAGACUGGCAAAUGUCUGGGUCAGGAUCUCCAUCUCAGUCUGGUUCAGAUUCAGAAUCUGAAGAAGAAAGAGAUAAAAGCAGUUGUGAUGAAACAGAAUCUGAUUAUGAGCCAAAAAACAAAGUUAAAAGCAGAAAACCUCAAAAUAGAUCUAAGGCAAAAAAUGGGAAGAAAAUUCUUGGACAAAAAAAGAGACAGAUUGAUUCAUCUGAGGAGGAAGAUGAUGAAGAAGAUUAUGAUAAUGAUAAAAGAAGUUCUCGUCGCCAGGCAACUGUCAAUGUUAGCUAUAAAGAAGAUGAAGAAAUGAAAACAGAUUCUGAUGAUCUACUGGAGGUCUGUGGAGAGGAUGUUCCUCAACCUGAGGAAGAAGAAUUUGAAACAAUAGAACGUUUUAUGGAUUGUCGGAUUGGGAGAAAAGGAGCUACUGGUGCUACUACAACCAUCUAUGCAGUUGAAGCAGAUGGUGACCCAAAUGCAGGAUUUGAAAAAAACAAGGAACCAGGCGAGAUCCAAUAUUUGAUUAAAUGGAAAGGAUGGUCCCAUAUUCACAAUACUUGGGAGACAGAAGAAACCCUUAAGCAGCAGAAUGUUAGAGGAAUGAAAAAAUUGGAUAACUAUAAGAAAAAAGAUCAGGAAACAAAAAGAUGGUUGAAAAAUGCUUCUCCAGAAGAUGUGGAAUAUUAUAAUUGCCAGCAAGAACUUACAGAUGAUCUACACAAACAGUAUCAAAUUGUGGAACGAAUAAUUGCUCAUUCCAAUCAGAAGUCAGCAGCUGGUUAUCCCGAUUAUUACUGUAAAUGGCAGGGCCUUCCAUACUCAGAGUGCAGCUGGGAGGAUGGAGCUCUAAUUUCCAAAAAGUUUCAAGCAUGCAUAGAUGAGUAUUUUAGCAGGAAUCAAUCAAAAACCACUCCUUUUAAAGAUUGCAAAGUAUUAAAACAAAGGCCAAGAUUUGUAGCCCUAAAAAAGCAACCAUCCUAUAUUGGAGGACAUGAGAGUUUAGAAUUAAGAGAUUAUCAACUGAAUGGUUUAAAUUGGCUUGCUCACUCUUGGUGCAAAGGAAAUAGUUGCAUCCUUGCUGAUGAAAUGGGCCUUGGAAAAACAAUACAGACGAUCUCAUUUCUGAACUAUUUGUUUCAUGAACAUCAAUUAUAUGGACCUUUUCUGUUAGUGGUACCACUUUCCACUCUUACUUCUUGGCAAAGGGAAAUUCAGACAUGGGCUUCUCAAAUGAAUGCUGUGGUUUAUUUAGGUGACAUUAACAGUAGAAAUAUGAUAAGAACUCAUGAAUGGAUGCAUCCCCAGACCAAACGGUUAAAAUUUAAUAUACUUUUAACAACUUAUGAAAUUUUAUUGAAGGAUAAGGCAUUCCUUGGAGGUCUAAAUUGGGCGUUUAUAGGUGUAGAUGAAGCACAUCGAUUAAAGAAUGAUGACUCUCUUCUGUAUAAAACUUUAAUAGACUUUAAGUCCAAUCAUCGUCUCCUCAUUACUGGAACUCCUCUACAAAACUCCCUCAAAGAGCUCUGGUCUUUGCUACAUUUCAUUAUGCCAGAAAAGUUUUCUUCCUGGGAAGAUUUUGAAGAAGAACAUGGAAAAGGCAGAGAAUAUGGUUAUGCAAGCCUCCACAAGGAGCUUGAGCCAUUUCUGUUACGCAGAGUUAAAAAAGAUGUGGAAAAAUCUCUUCCUGCCAAGGUUGAGCAGAUUUUAAGAAUGGAAAUGAGUGCUUUACAGAAACAGUAUUACAAAUGGAUAUUAACUAGGAAUUACAAAGCCCUAAGCAAAGGUUCCAAGGGCAGUACCUCAGGCUUUUUGAACAUUAUGAUGGAGCUAAAGAAAUGUUGUAACCAUUGCUACCUCAUUAAACCACCAGAUAAUAAUGAAUUCUAUAAUAAACAGGAGGCCUUACAACACUUAAUCCGUAGUAGCGGAAAAUUGAUUCUUCUUGACAAACUGUUAAUUCGUCUAAGAGAACGAGGCAAUAGAGUUCUUAUUUUUUCUCAAAUGGUGCGGAUGUUAGAUAUUCUUGCAGAAUAUUUGAAAUAUCGUCAAUUCCCCUUUCAAAGAUUAGAUGGAUCAAUAAAAGGGGAGCUGAGAAAACAAGCUCUAGAUCAUUUUAAUGCUGAAGGAUCAGAGGAUUUCUGCUUUUUACUUUCCACAAGAGCUGGAGGCUUGGGAAUUAAUUUAGCCUCCGCUGACACUGUUGUUAUAUUUGAUUCUGAUUGGAAUCCACAAAAUGAUCUUCAGGCACAGGCUAGAGCUCAUCGAAUUGGGCAGAAGAAACAGGUGAAUAUUUAUCGUCUAGUUACAAAAGGAUCAGUUGAAGAGGAUAUACUUGAAAGGGCCAAAAAGAAGAUGGUUUUAGAUCACCUUGUAAUUCAGAGAAUGGACACAACUGGGAAGACAGUACUGCAUACAGGUUCUGCCCCCUCGAGUUCUACUCCUUUCAAUAAAGAAGAAUUAUCAGCCAUUUUAAAGUUUGGCGCUGAGGAACUUUUUAAGGAACCUGAAGGAGAAGAGCAAGAGCCCCAGGAAAUGGAUAUAGAUGAAAUCUUGAAGAGGGCUGAAACUCAUGAAAACGAACCAGGCCCUUUAACUGUAGGAGAUGAGUUGCUUUCCCAGUUCAAGGUUGCCAACUUUUCAAAUAUGGAUGAGGAUGACAUUGAGUUGGAACCAGAAAGAAAUUCAAAGAAUUGGGAAGAAAUAAUUCCAGAAGAUCAAAGAAGACGAUUAGAAGAGGAAGAAAGACAAAAGGAACUUGAAGAAAUUUAUAUGCUUCCAAGAAUGAGAAACUGUGCAAAACAGAUUAGUUUUAAUGGAAGUGAAGGGAGGCGCAGUAGAAGUAGGAGAUAUUCUGGAUCUGACAGUGACUCGAUCUCAGAAAGGAAAAGGCCAAAGAAACGUGGAAGACCACGGACUAUUCCUCGAGAGAAUAUCAAAGGAUUUAGUGAUGCAGAAAUUAGGCGGUUUAUCAAGAGUUACAAGAAAUUUGGUGGCCCUCUGGAAAGAUUAGAUGCUAUUGCUCGGGAUGCUGAAUUAGUUGAUAAGUCAGAGACAGACCUCCGACGAUUAGGAGAAUUGGUGCAUAAUGGUUGCAUUAAAGCUUUAAAGGAUAAUUCUUCGGGAACAGAACGAACAGGUGGUAGACUUGGAAAAGUGAAGGGUCCAACAUUCCGAAUAUCAAGUGUACAGGUGAAUGCCAAGCUCGUCAUCUCCCACGAAGAAGAAUUAAUACCAUUGCACAAAUCCAUUCCUUCAGAUCCAGAAGAAAGAAAGCAGUAUACUAUCCCAUGCCACACAAAGGCAGCUCAUUUUGAUAUAGACUGGGGCAAAGAAGAUGAUUCCAAUUUGUUAAUUGGUAUCUAUGAAUAUGGAUAUGGAAGCUGGGAAAUGAUUAAAAUGGAUCCUGACCUCAGUUUAACACACAAGAUCCUUCCAGAUGAUCCUGAUAAAAAACCACAAGCAAAGCAAUUGCAGACACGUGCGGACUACCUCAUCAAAUUACUUAGUAGAGAUCUUGCCAAAAAAGAAGCUCAGAGGCUUUCUGGUGCAGGAGGAUCAAAGAGGAGAAAAGCAAGAGCUAAGAAGAAUAAAGCAAUGAAGUCUAUAAAAGUGAAAGAAGAAAUAAAGAGUGACUCUUCACCCCUGCCUUCAGAGAAGUCUGAUGAAGAUGAUGAAAAGGAUGAGAUCACUUCUGUGAAACAUCCAAAUAAAAAAAUUAAAACAGAAAGAGACAGUGAAGAAAGACCUGAGCCAGAUGUUUUUAUAAAGAAGGAAUCAGAAGAAAAGAGGGAAGCAAAAGAAAAAGAGAAUAAAAGAGAACUUAAAAGGGAGCUAAAAGAAAAAGAGGAUAAGAAAGAUAUAAAGGAAAAAGAUUUUAAAGAGAAAAGAGAAAACAAAGUAAAAGAAGCUAUACAGAAAGAAAAAGACAUAAAGGAAGAAAAGUUGAGCGAAUCCAAGUCUGAUAGCAAGGAACGAUCCAAGAAAUCUUCAGUGUCAGAUGCUCCAGUUCAUAUCACCGCAGGUGGUGAACCAGUUCCCAUAUCUGAAGAAUCUGAAGAGCUAGAUCAGAAGACGUUCAGCAUUUGUAAAGAAAGGAUGAGGCCUGUCAAAGCAGCUUUGAAACAACUUGAUAGGCCUGAAAAAGGCCUUUCAGAAAGAGAACAAUUGGAGCAUACUAGACAGUGUUUAAUAAAAAUUGGAGACCAUAUCACAGAAUGUCUGAAAGAGUAUGCAAAUCCUGAACAAAUCAAGCAGUGGAGAAAAAACCUGUGGAUUUUUGUAUCUAAGUUUACGGAGUUUGAUGCAAGAAAAUUACAUAAAUUAUACAAACAUGCUAUUAAAAAACGGCAGGAAUCUCAGCAAAAUAAUGACCAGAACAGCAACUUGAAUGCUCAAGUGAUUAGAAAUCCAGAUGUGGAAAGAUUAAAAGAGAAUACAAAUCACGAUGAUAGCAGCAGGGACAGUUAUUCAUCUGAUAGACAUUUAUCUCAGUAUCAUGAUCAUCAUAAAGACCGACAUCAGGGAGAUUCUUAUAAAAAGAGUGACUCUAGGAAAAGACCUUAUUCUUCUUUUAGUAAUGGUAAAGAUCAUCGUGACUGGGAUCAUUACAAGCAAGAAAGCAGGUAUUACAGUGAUAGAGAGAAACACAGAAAACUGGAUGAUCACAGGAGUAGAGAUCACAGGUCAAAUUUGGAAGGAAGUUUAAAGGAUAGAUCUCAUUCUGAUCAUCGUUCUCAUUCAGAUCAUCGGUUACAUUCAGACCAUCGGGCAAGUUCUGAAUAUACACACCAUAAAUCUUCCAGGGAUUAUAGGUAUCAUUCAGAUUGGCAAAUGGACCACAGAGCUUCCAGUAGUGGCCCCAGAUCACCUUUAGAUCAGAGAUCUUCUUAUGGCUCCAGAUCUCCAUUUGAACACUCAGUUGAACACAAAAGUACACCCGAGCAUACCUGGAGUAGUCGGAAAACAUAACAAAAACUGAUACUUUGUCUUUCUGGACUUUUCUUUUAGCCAUAUAUCAUAAACCAACACAGUAAUUGCCUUACAUGACUUGAAAGAUAUAAACAGAUCUUCUAUCAGUAGCAGUAUUGUUACUUCUUUCCAGGAUACAAGGUCUAUUAUCCCAACAGAAGAGAAAAUAUUUUUAUAUUUAAGGAUUAUGCUGCACUGUACUACAAAUACUGUAGUACUUUUUUUUUCUUUUUUAAAGAAAUGGAAAAUGUUUACUAUUACAGGGACCUCAACACUGCCCUUCCAUAUAGGCUGGAUAAAACUGUUUUUAAGUCAGUGAUUUUAGACUGACCUCCAUUUAAAUUAUGUUUGUAUAUGAACUUUACUCUGACCUGUGAUCAUGUUUCAGGAAGGAAUGAAAGAGAGUUCUUUUCUUAAUAAAGAAAAAACACUCAAGGACUUUGUUCACUUUCCAAAGCUACUUGUUUACAUUGUACACUGCGACCACCUGCCGCUUUUCAUCACAAGCUUGAAUAUUUAAAUUCUGUACUUAUAUCUGUAAAAUAGCCAGGAAUUUCCUGUUUGUGAUCUAUUAUUAUGCCUUUUUACACACACACAUACACACAAAUGGCUGUAAAUUAUUGUAAAUGGAUUAAAAUGAGCUUUCCUUACUUCCUUUCCCUUCUCAGGCUUUUUUUGACUGUUCCUUUCCCUACCAACUCAGGCCUUCUUAUCAUUUGAAAAUAUCAGUGUAAUAACACUUUUUAAUGAUUUGUCUGAUGGAAUCAUUGUUUAGAAUGUAAAAAAUGGGGAAAGGGGCCACUUAAUUCCAUUAGUCCUCUUUUUAUAUUGACUAUUUUAUUAGAUACAUGUUAUUUCUUUUUUUUUUUUUUUCUUUUGUAGUAAUAUUGUGUUUGUAGUAACAAAAUGGUGAGAUAAUAUGUAAAAUCUAAACUGCAUGCUCUGGAAACAUUUUUUUCAGAUGCAUUUGGUUUAAAAGGGUAGGUGUAUGAACACUUUUCAGAAUCCAAAAUGGCCAAAAGUUAUUGUAAAUCCAUUUGUUUUCCCUUUUCAUGUGGGCAAUAAUGUCAAAUGUGCUAUGCAGCCAGGUAACAUUUUAGAUAAACUUGAUUGACUUUUAAUAUAAACUGUUACAAUGCACACUGAUUGUAUAUAAAAACCUUAUAUAUGACAAAUUAAAUUUAAGAAAAAGGA